GUUCUGUUUGCAGCAUUCAAAACAAACGCAUUGUGUCGUUUUUAGUCGGGCAAUAACACGCGACCAGCUCAGACGUACGGAGUAUAUCGUGUUUUUUCUUCAAUAGCACCAAAAAAUGCUUCGCUCUUAUCGCUCGAGUAACUAAUCGACGACGACGACGACGACAGUGACGACUAUGAAAUCAUCUUCAUUUUUUUUAAAAACUGAAAUAGAUUCAAAGUGAGCUAAUUAUUUCGAAACUGUGUGAAAUAUUUUUCAAGCUCUUUUGUGAGCAAAUUUGUGUGUAUAAUUUAAAAAAAAUAAUUUGCUCAAAUUGAUGUUGUGUUUCGAGCGGAAAAUUUAUUAUUUCAAUUUUGGUGUUAAUAAAAUUAUGGGAUAGCGUGUUAGCAAACCACAAGUGACCUUUUCAAAGAGUUUUCUUACGAAAUAUAACGCCGAGAUUUAAGAAGCAUACGGGAAUAGAACUAGUUUUAUUCGCCAGACCAGACUAACGAUCUUGAUCGUAAAAUAGACGAGAAGCGAGGAAGCAAGCCGUCGAAACACGGGGGCAUAGACAUCAUAAUCCAAGACUUAAUUUGAACAGAACAAGAUAAAAAAAACAACAACACAAUGACGAAUUUCCAGAGAUCGUACAGCCGUGUUUGGUGGGCAAAUGACAACAACAACGACGACGGUGGCGGCGGUAGUCAAGUAUCUGAGUCACCGUUGCCCCAUGAAAUUUACUAUUACGGGCCACAAUCAUUGGGCAAAUUGGGUAAUAUAGCCGAAGAGGCAUCGUAUCGAGUAUCGCAAAUACGACGAAGUGUCAGAAGCCAUGACUCCGGAUUCAAUGAUAGCGAUCAUUCACCGAAUUCAACGAGUAGCUCUAGUCAAAUAUCGGCACACAAUCACGAUUUGGAUAAUAAUGAUGAGAACCAAAAUUAUUUAUCGCCAAAGCCACAUAAUGUUAGUGGGUCAUUGGAUCGAUCACCAUCAAUAGCUAAUGAAACGGUAAAAACACCGCCAACCGUGAUCCGAAGAAAGAUUAGUUCGAUGUUCACGCCCACAGCUCGUCGGAUUUCAUUCAGUGCACCAAGUACACCGGAUGCUAUUGAACCACCUAGAUUGAACAGUUCAUUUCGUUCACUUGAUUCGUUUUCGACGAAGAAAAGCAAAGAACGAAAUGGUAAAAAUGAGCAAUUAAACAGCAGUUUAACUACGAGUUUGAAUGAUAGCCGAGCUAAAAACUGCAGUCUACGACGGGGUAAAACUAUUUCACCGAGCAACAAUUCAAGCUACAGACGCCGUGCCAAUCGUCGUCGUCUGUUGGACUGUGUUUCACAAGUGUCUGGUUCGACCAGCGAUGUAUAUACGCUCGCUUCAGACUCAUUGAACGAAAAGGAAAUCAAAGAACAACCGGAAGAAUAUCAUCAUUAUGAAACAGUGAGCGAAGUAAAGAACACAUCACGUGCCAAUAUCGAAACAGAAAUAGAAAGUACAGAACGAACAGAAAAUACGACAGCCGAGUAUAAUAACGAAACGGUGACAUUUGGAAGUGGCGAUGAAACUGUAACACCGAAAAAAGACAACGAUGAAAUGGUUCAAGUUCAACGGGAGAAACUUCCGUUGCCAACCUAUGAUGAGCUUUAUCCGCCAAAUGGAUGCUCGACACCCAUGUUGAAACCGAAGAUAAAAAAUGUAUCACAUGUUGCCGAUCACACACAAUCGUCCAUCAUUGCCAUAAAUGGAGCUAGUCAAUACGAGCAACGGGAACAAGUGCAACACAAUGAUCGCCGUGAUUUUUACAACGACGAUUCGGAUUUCAAUUUAUCACUAGCGCCUAACAUGAAUUGGGAAAGUUGUACGUACAUUGAAUACACAAAUCCAGCGCUGAACGGGCACGCGUGUUCCGUACAAUUUUGGCUUGAUGAAACACGUACGAUGUACUAUCAUGAAAUCAUGUCAACAUUGCAAACAAAAUCCAUUUUAUAUGAAGCUGCACGAUCAUUAAAGUUAAAUCCACCGAUUGCUGCCAAGUUGAUUCAUCAAAUCCAGCUGAAAGGCAUUGCCAUUGAAACGAAAUUCGAUGAAAUCGACCGAAUAUUCGAAUCGCAUGCAAAAUUGGUGAAACGCUUACAGCGACAUUCGUUGAUUUCCUCAAAUGGUAUCGAUGAAAGCAUUGAAAUUGCCGAUAAUGAAUUCAAGGAGAAAAUUUCCGUGAUGAUGAAAUCGUUGACGGAAAAUGUUUGCCAUUUUAUGUCGCGUUUGAAUUCGAAAAUUAUUUUCCAAAAUGUCGAUUGGUGCACGAAUGGUGAGAAUGGCAAAGACCUAAGACAUUUCGAACGAAAUGUGAAGACAGUCAUUGAUUUGUGUCAAGAUUUGCGUGUGGCGUGCGAAACAAAAAUCGAUGAUAUUGAAACAAAUGUUCUACUUAAGGACUUUUAUACGCUGAAACAAAGCGUUUUGAAAGCGAUUCGCAAGGUAUUCCGCCGUUUGAUGAAUAUAAUUGUGUGUCGUGUGGAAGAGAAUCCGAAUGAAAUGCUGUUACGGGCAAAUAUCAAUGUGAUUGCAACAUUGCCAACGGAGAGUGUUUACAAUUCAAGCGAACGCUUUUCAUCACUCAACGAUGCAUUCAUUACGAGUGGCGUGCUGCGAGUGUUGCUUAUGAUUUGCUUGGAUGCUGACAAAAUAUCGAUACGAGCGAUGGCACUGCGUGCACUCACCACAAUUUGUUCAUCGGCCGAAAUGAUACGCCAGUUUAUCGAAAUUGGUGGUCUUGAUGUCGUCACCGACAUUCUUACCGAUUACAAGCGAAACGAUGCAAAAUAUGAGCCCGAAUUACGUGAAGCUGUUUCUGUACUCACCCAAGUUACCGCACCAUGGAUUCAGGGUGACAGUGGCAAUAUUGACGAUCUGCUCAAAUUAUCUAUUGAUAAUUUAGUGACACGAUUGACUCAAAUUAUCGAAUCCACUGAUUGCCUGCAAACGCUCAUGCUUGCCGCCGCCUGUCUUAACAAUCUGUCACGUAAAUCUUCGCUCGCAUUUUAUUCACUCAUGGAUAAUCGAAGCGUUCAUCAAUUGAUUCAUGCGUGUGAUGGAUACCAGCAACGUAUCGACUUUGGCAGCUCAGCUAUUUUCCUCUAUGAGCAAAUCACUAGCAUGUUGUUCAACAUGGCGGGAAAUAAAAAAUGCCAUCAACAUCUUGCGCACAAGGAAAUCAUUUACUUUGUAUCGUUUGUAUUCCAAACGCAAUUUCACAUGAAAUAUGUGAGCGCUGCGGAAAAGACGGCGCUUCGGAAAACGAUUAAAAAUAUCUUGCAUAUUUUUGCUCGUCUCAUACACCACUCGGCUGUUGGCCAGGAGAUACUCGAACAAAAUGCCAUACCAAUCUUUUCGCGCGUUGAACAACACAUUCGAAUCGAUGAUGUAUAUGCCAAAGACUUGCAGUACAUCAAUAAGAAGCUAAACAAAUCGCUCGAUACAUCGGAUCCACAAAUUUCAAGCAAGACACAACAUCGGCUCAGCGUAUGCAAUAUGACUGGCUCAUCAUUGCUGGAAAGUUAUGUUUGAGCAAUGAAAGGAACAUAGGGAAAAAUGUUAUUAAAUUGAAAUGAUAGAGAAACGUGCACGCAAUGGAGACGACAAGACGAGAAAAGCCGAAGGAAAUCGUUUAUUAUCAUUAAUUUUGCCGUUGAAAAAUGCCCGUAUAUUUAAAACGAAAAACGAAUAUUAGUUAAGAAACAACAAAUAUGCCACACUAUCUAAACUACUUACGACAAUACAGUUACUGUAUGCGAUCGAUUUUUAUUGAUAGAAGAAUAUCAUUUGAACAAUGAAAAGAGAAAUCAUUCGUUGUGUGUUGAAAUACAAAUUGAAACUGUGCCAUUAAAAAACGAACACAUACACUUAAAUGUUAUUCUUUUGUUCCAUUUGAUAUCGUAUAUAUAUAUAUUUUAAUCAGGAAAUGCCGUCAUUUAAUUAGCUUCUACUGGUUCUUUCAGUUUGGAUGAAUAUAAGUUUUGUAAAUAGAUGCGAGAAGUAUAUUUAAAGAUACAAAGAAAUAUAGAAUUAAAAAAAAAUUGCCUAAAGAAAA